GCUGCAGCCUGCGGCGCCGGGUCCCGCGUUCUCAGCCGCCUGCCUUCUCCGUGCAACAACCUCUUGCCAAGACAGCGAAGCCGCGGCCGAAGUUGCCGGCGUGCGCCUCCGGAGGCGUUGGCUCGGGAACUUUUCACGUCAUUUUCUGCUCCGGAGCCCCCUGUCGCCGCUCCGCGCAGCCUUCCCCUCCGCGAGUCGCCAGUGCUCAUGGGGCAGGCGAGGAGCAGCCUGCAGCUCUGAGCCGACCCGGACUCCAGCCCGUGAUGUCCGGCACCAAACUGGAGGACUCCCUCCCUUGUCGCAAUUGGUCAUCUGCUCCGGAGCUGAAUGAAACUCAAGAGCCCUUUUUAAACCCCACCGACUAUGACGACGAGGAAUUCCUGCGGUACCUGUGGAGGGAAUACCUGCACCCGAAAGAGUAUGAGUGGGUCCUGAUCGCCGGGUACAUCAUCGUGUUCGUCGUGGCUCUCAUCGGGAACGUCCUGGUUUGUGUGGCAGUCUGGAAGAACCAUCACAUGAGGACCGUAACCAACUACUUCAUAGUUAACCUUUCUCUGGCUGAUGUGCUUGUGACCAUCACCUGCCUUCCUGCCACGUUGGUCGUGGAUAUCACUGAGACCUGGUUUUUUGGACAGUCCCUCUGCAAAGUGAUUCCUUAUUUACAGACGGUAUCAGUGUCUGUGUCUGUCCUCACACUGAGCUGCAUCGCCUUAGAUCGAUGGUAUGCCAUCUGUCACCCUUUGAUGUUUAAGAGCACAGCCAAGCGGGCCCGGAAUAGCAUCGUCAUCAUCUGGAUUGUCUCCUGCAUCAUAAUGAUUCCUCAAGCCAUUGUCAUGGAGUGCAGCGCCAUGCUGCCCGGCCUCGCCAAUAAAACCACCCUCUUCACCGUGUGUGAUGAGCGUUGGGGUGGUGAAAUUUACCCCAAGAUGUACCACAUCUGUUUCUUUCUGGUGACAUACAUGGCGCCGCUGUGUCUUAUGGUAUUGGCUUAUCUGCAAAUAUUUCGUAAACUGUGGUGUCGACAGAUCCCUGGAACAUCUUCUGUAGUUCAGAGAAAAUGGAAGCCCCUGCAGCCUGUUUCACAAGCUCGAGGACCAGGACAACAGACCAAGUCUAGGAUAAGCGCUGUGGCUGCUGAAAUAAAGCAGAUCCGAGCCAGAAGGAAAACGGCUCGGAUGCUGAUGGUCGUGCUUUUGGUGUUUGCAAUUUGCUAUCUACCAAUUAGCAUCCUUAAUGUGCUAAAGAGAGUAUUUGGAAUGUUUGCCCACACUGAAGACAGAGAGACUGUGUACGCCUGGUUUACAUUUUCACACUGGCUUGUAUAUGCCAAUAGUGCUGCGAACCCAAUUAUUUAUAAUUUUCUCAGUGGAAAAUUUCGAGAGGAAUUUAAAGCUGCAUUUUCUUGCUGUUGCCUUGGAGUUCACCAUCGCCAGGAGGAUCGGCUGACUAGGGGACGGACCAGCACAGAGAGCCGGAAGUCCCUGACAACCCAGAUCAGCAAUUUUGAUAACAUAUCAAAACUUUCAGAGCAAGUUGUGCUCACCAGCAUAAGCACACUCCCAGCAGCCAAUGGAGCGGGACCACUUCAAAACUGGUUUCUACAACAGGGGCCACCAUCAUCACUACUGCCAACCUGUGGAGGUCUGGGAGAAGCAGCUGAGUGUUAAUGUUGAACCUCACCACUGUCAUCUCACUCAGAGAGACAAUGGUUUACAAAGCCAUUGCUACCGUGCUGUGAGCGAGGUGUGAAAGAAGACUGGGUUAAGGCACUGGUGUACUUCACGUCCACCUGGAUGACCUGAGUUUUUAAUUAAAACUUUCAAAUCUCCCAUUUUAUUUACACUUACUAAAGUUAAAAUUUUGCAGAAGCAGACAGUUUCUGAGAAUGAUGGUUGCCUGGAACGAAAACUAAUAAACUAAAACCAGUAAUUACAAGCAACUCUGGGAAUGGAAUAACAGACCAUGUACAUAGCACUCAACGCGUGGAACCAGGAAUCCUGAGCACUCUGAAUUUAGUAUGAUUGCUGUAAUAGGACAAAUGGUAAAGAAGCAGGUGUUCCCCAAACCCUGCCAGUCAUAUGAAACAGUCAACUCCUUUCCUCAUUAUGUGCCAAUGACACCAAGCAGAAGAUGUCUUACGAAAGGAAAGUGUUGGGACUGUUUUAUAUUAUGCAUUGAAUUACGCCCCCCUCUCUCUCUCUGUCUCUCUCUCUCUCCUGUAUUUCAAAGAUUUAAUGUAAGAUUUCAAUGUCACUGAAAUUUUGUUAUCAGCAGGGAUGAUGAUAUAAUUCUAUCUAAUAUCGAAUCCACUUGAACUUAAUUGUUCCUGAAUUUCUACAAAACCACAGACACCUGGAUGUUGAAGUCGUUCAUUCUUGGAAAAAGAUUACGCUGUUAGAAAAACCACUUCUACAUUUUCCAAAGCUUGCAGAAUUUAUCAGGCAUCAAAUACCUGUUACAUUUAUGAGUUAAUUGCAAGUGACAAGCUCACUGACAAUGAAUUUCACUCCCGGUAUACAAUAUUUUAAUGAAAAUUAAGGUAAAUACAUAUGUUUAUAAAAUGGAGUCUGGAUAUGCUUAAAUUUGAAAUACCAGAAUGGCAAAAACCCUAAAGGUGUUUUGGGACCCAAAUUGGGAGGAGGGCUAUCAUUUUAAUACUAGUAUAAUAAUAAAAUGUACUUGAUGUAAGUCAUAUUAGCAAUUAACUGCAUUUCAAAAAAAUGGCUAGUUAUUAUAAUUUAGAAAACCUUUCAAUACCAAGAAAUUUUACAACAGAUGACUUUUCUACUUCCUACAAGUCACAAGUGAAAAAAAAGAGUAAAUUCUAAUAGGUUUUAUUCAAUUAGUUUUCAAAUUGCAUGAAGCAGAUAACGGAUUUUCUUUUAGAGACAAAAUAUAGAGAAAAUAAGGUUAAUUUAAAUCUGUGCUAUUACCUUCUGUACCACAGAAAAUAAAGUGCCAAGGCAUGACACACACUAUUAUUUCCCAAAUUCAAAGGGAAUUGUUUUCUACACAACUACUGCUACUGACGAGGGCGGGCAACACCUCCCUCCACUUGCCACGUAUUUCUAUUCUCUUAAAUUUUCUUUAUAACCUUUGGAGCUAUAAUGUCUUUUAAGUUUUUCAUGAAAUGUAUUUCUAUAAUUGUUAUAUCCCACGUGUGUGAUGUUACGUCAGUUGUUUAACAAUUAUCUUAUCUCUUUAAUGUUCUUUAUGCCUGAUUGUACCGUGUCUUCAUGAAGAAAUUUCUUUUCCAAUCCAAUGUGAUUGCACACCUAUUGCUGUAAAGGAUGUGUAUUAUGUAGUUUUUAAGUA